GUUUUUCUGAUCGAAUUCAACGAGUUAUGCUUGAAGAAAUCAUAUCUUGUCCAAGGGAGAUAGAUGACGAGUGUGAGAGCUGCGAUGAGAUUCCCGGAGGUUGAGGAAAUCAUCAAAUUCCGGUUGCCCUUUGAAACUGAGGAAGAGUACCAGGAGCGAUUAAAAGUAGCAGAAGCCGAUCGGUUACGGAAAGAGCUGGAGUUCCUUCAGAUGGAAAAGGUGGCGAAGGAGAAGAGGAGGGAACGGACGAAGAAGAUAGCCGAGGCUCAGAUGACCAAGAAUUAUGAAAACGUGAUGAAGGAGAUCGACUCAACUUACAAGGAGGAUGAGCCGAUGCUGGCUCAAAAGAAGUACAGGAAGCUGCCACGAAUGGGGUUUUUUGGUGAGUGUGAGAGGAUCCAGCCCACGAAGAUCAAAAGGAUAUCUUAGUUAUUUAUCUAGAACCUAAUCCUCCAUAGUUGUAAUGUUAAUCUAUUUUGUUUCUUUCUUUGCCUUUUGUAAUUUGCUGUGUAUUAAGUGCA